AUGCCUACUGCAGCACAACCUUUGAAGGAAUCUUUCGAUACCGACAUCAUUACUUUGCCUCGGUUCUUGUUGGAAUCGCAAAAAUGCGCCAAGCAUGCUACUGGUGAAUUCACGCUCUUGUUAAACGCACUGCAAUUUGCAUUCAAGUUUAUCUCUCAGACGAUUAGAAGAGCAGAGUUGGUACAUCUUAUUGGACUCGCAGGCGCUUCCAACGCGACCGGCGACGAGCAGAAAAAAUUGGAUGUGUUGGGUGAUGAGAUCUUCAUCAACGCGAUGAAGGGCAGCGGGAUUGUGAAAGUUUUGGUUUCCGAAGAGCAGGAGGAUCUGAUUCUGUUUCCGACCGCGAACGGGACUUAUGCGGUGUGUUGCGACCCGAUCGACGGAUCUUCGAACUUGGACGCGGGAGUGUCUGUUGGGACGAUUGUUUCGCUGUUCAAGCUGCUGCCGGACUCCAGCGGGACGAUCAAGGACGUGCUGAGGAAUGGACGCGAGAUGGUCGGAGCGUGCUAUGCGAUGUACGGCGCUUCGACGCACUUGCUGCUGACCACCGGCCAGGGCGUCGACGGGUUCACUCUGGACACCAACCUGGGGGAGUUUAUCCUGGUGUAUCCGGACUUGCGGAUCCCACCACAGCGGUCGAUCUACUCGAUAAACGAGGGGAAUUCGUUUUACUGGGACGAGACGAUUCGAGGCUUCAUCGAGAAGCUGAAAAGGCCCAGCGAUAACAGGAAGCCCUAUUCUGCGCGUUACGUCGGGUCGAUGGUGGCCGACGUGCACAGAACUUUCCUGUAUGGCGGGUUGUUUGCGUAUCCCGCCGAUCGCAAGGCCAGGAACGGCAAGCUAAGGCUGCUGUACGAAGCGUUCCCCAUGGCUUACCUCAUGGAGCAGGCCGGUGGCCUAGCGGUCAACGACCGCGGCGAGCGGAUCCUGGAUCUGACGCCAGAACACAUACACGACAAGACCUCGAUCUGGCUGGGCUCGCCGGACGAGGUCAACCAGUACUUGGCAUACAUUGGGAAACCGGAGUUGUAG